AUGGCACAAGCAGCUAGUAUCGUUGUCGCGGGCGCUUCGAUGGCAGCGCUCGCGUCGCAACCCGCCUUGAGAAGCACCCUGAUGACCGCGCUCGCAAGAUGGACAGGAUACAAUGCGCCUGGUGGUCUGUGGAGAAUAGCUGCGAUACUACUAGCACUAGCAAACCUCAAGAACCUGCCGUUUGUCUGGCAUUUACGCUUCUUCCGCGCAUUCUUCUACCAACUCUACCUCCAACCCACCCCCAUUCCUCCGCGCGCCCUCUUCCAACCCAUCAUCACAUCGACCCGUACCCCGAUCCUCGAGAUGGACUACAACCUCCACAAAUCCAAUAGCACCUACUUCUCCGACAUGGACAUCUCACGCACGCACCUAUUCACUGCUCUUAUUCGAAACGGCAUUAAGAAGAACAGUCGUUUAUACGGUGCCAAGAAGAGCGCGGUUCAGGGCGCUAUAGGAGCAACAGAGGGCACUCGAGGGAAACACAUGAUCGCUCUGGGUGGAAUAAGUUGUCUCUUCAAGAAGGAAAUCCUGCCCUACAAAAAGUACGAGAUGUGGACACGCCUAUUAUGCUGGGACAGGAAAUGGUUUUAUCUAGUUACCCAUCUAGUGAAGCCGGGGGCAGGCCAACCCUCAUCCUGGACACUACAGCCAUGGAAGAAGAAUAAACGAGUGGGUGCUGAAGAUGCUGUUGACCCGCAGAAGCUGCUGGGCGCCGUAUAUGCCACUGCCAUCGCGAAAUACGUCAUCAAGCGCGGUAGACUUACCGUCCCGCCCGAACAGGCCCUCUUGGAUGCGGAUAUGGUUCCCGCCAAGCCGGAGGGGUGGGUGUAUCAGUCUGGAGAGACACCAAGCAACAACGAGGACGAGCCUACCAAUGUAGAUGUAGACGUAAAUGGUAUCCUGCCCCAGGCUGCCAAUGGACAGGCCGACGAGUGGAACUGGGAUAUCAUUGAGGCGGAAAGGUUGAGGGGGUUGAAAGUCGCACAGAAGUUUGCCGAGAUGGAUGGGAUGCAUGAGUUCUUUGACGGUGGGAAAGAGGGUGUUUUAGGCGAGUUUGCAGACUUGUUGUUUUAG